GCAAGACAUCGCGCGGUCAGGGCCUGACCUGAAAGACGCUAUCAUGGGGAUCAAACACAGCCAGGGCGACACGGUCAGCUGCAUUUUGCCUUAAUAGGAUGACUGCGACGAGCUACGAUGAAAUUGGCAAUGGUGGAGCCUCGGCUGGAGGCUGAUCGGGGUAAGCUUUUCGGCGCGUAAGCGGACUGCUAUGGAUAUUGUCGAGUUUAUGUCAAUAGAAGCAGAUAGAAGAAAUAACUCGGGCGCAAAUAAUGAUCACCUAUCCACGAACCCCUCGUCCAUGCAACCCGGCGUAUUCCGAGAGUGCACUUUGGUGAUUGUAUUAUUGUGUUGUGGUUGAGUUGUGCUUCCGCGCGGUCCGCGUCUGGCAGCUGCCUUCAUAGUGCAAGGUGUCACCUUACUCUCCUUCGCCUUCCGCGUGAACCAUCCACCACUUCCUCCCUCGACCACCGCUUAUGCUGCUGCUGCUCCCUAAGAAUCGACAGGAGACAGAACAGCAUGGCGGGAAUGGAAGAGCUUGAGAUCCACAGCAAGGCUUACCUAGUUCGAUGGGUCAGCGUCAAAGGCGACCACACCAUCUCGUGGAGUCUGCAGCCUCAUAAGAAAUCCCUCAACUUCGGCAUCUUCAAGCGCAUCGAGCAGCCCGCCGCGUCCGGCUCGUCGACGACUGUGGCCGCCUCCGUUUCGCAGAGCCUCGAGGACUCGUCCGACGCUCCGCCAGCAUCCGCCGUGAUCGAGAAACUCAAAGGCGCGGGGCUGAAACAGAUCCAAUGGGUGGGAAAAUGCGAGGCCGACAAGAUUUCGCAGGGGACGUACGACGUGUCCGCGCACGAGGGCGGCAACUAUGCGCUGGUGUUUGACAAUACCUUUUCCAAGACGACCGGGAAGAUGGCGACGUUUGUGCUGGUGACAUAUCCGACCUCCAUGCCGCCGCAAUCUGUCCAUCAGGUGCACCACUCGCAGGCCCUGGGCAGCAUCGGGGGCAGUGGACAUCGAGUCUCGCCCAAGCUGCGUCCAACAAACGGCCCGAACGGCUCAACCGAUGAACUGCGCAUGACCAAAGCCCGCUCCUCGUCCAACGCAAAGCGGACAAAACAUCGCCAAAGUAUUUCCUCGAUAAAUGGCGCGCCAGCUCUGGUUCAUACAGGCAUACUACAAAAGCGACGCCGCAAGCGACAUCAGGGAUGGGCUCGUCGGUUUUUCUCGCUCGACUACACCUCCUCUACUCUUUCCUACUACCACGACCGAAACUCCUCGGCGCUUCGUGGUGCUAUACCUCUCCAGCUUGCAGCAGUCGCUGCUAAUGCGCCGAGGCGGGAGAUCUCAAUCGACUCUGGAGCUGAAAUCUGGCACCUUCGUGCAACUAACGAACAGGAUUUUGCGGCAUGGCGGACUGCAUUGGAAAAGGCAUCGAAGCAAACAAAGGAGGACAAAGCCCUUUCACCCGCCUCUCCUCUUCUACAAAUCCCUUCGAAUUCGACGUCACGCCACCUACCGAAUCCUGCCGAGGACCGUGAAUGGGAGCAAAUCGAAAGUUUAGUUAGCAAAGUAUCAGGGUCUAGAGAUGCAGUACGACGAUUAGCCAAAGACACCGAUCCCAAAUACCUCAGUACCGCAUCUACGCCAGUCACGGCGGUAGAUCGACGACGCUCGCCCAGCCCACAAGCAAACCCGGCAGAUCCCUCUUCAACUCCAGAUGAUUAUUUGGAGUCCCAGCAUAAGCGACCAUCAUUUUGGAAACGCAAAACCAGUGCCAGCACUAUGACCAAGCGCAAUAAUGGUCUAGCUGCUCCGAGCCCCUCGAGCGAAGCCUCGGUGGCUGGUGAGCGAAAGCCGAGAAGUAUUAUCAGCCACCCUGACCAUGACGACGAAAUUCACGACCACCUUAUGGCCCUCCUCCGCGACCUGGACAAGGUUGUUUCUGAAUUUUCUGGCUUAAUAUCGGAAAGCAAGCAGCGACGACAAGCACCGGUUUCACUAGUAAGCUCAAGAAUCAGCAUAGACUCGGAAGCGUCUCAAGAAUUUUUCGAUGCCGAGGAUGGUCCAGCAUCAUCUUUCCUCACCAUUCAGCACGACUCGGAUGUUGAAGCCGAGGUAGAAAAUGUUGAAGAGGAGGACGACGCUGCAUCAUCCGGUAGUGACGAUGCUCGCAGCGACUACACGCGAAAGGGAAUCGGAAGGGAGAACUUGUCGAUAUUAUUCCCUUCAAAACCGAAAUCCUUAACCCCCCUACCAUUGGAUGCUGUGAAGCGACGAAAGACAGUAUCAGCCCCCGUUAUGCCACCGCCGAGUCUGAUCGGGUUCUUACGGAAGAACGUAGGCAAAGACUUGUCGGCAAUAUCUAUGCCUGUGUCUGCAAACGAGCCUCUUUCCUUGCUCCAGCGAGCUGUGGAGUGCAUGGAAUAUUCCGCUCUACUAGACAAGGCCGCUACUGCCACCGACGUGUUGGAACGCUUAAUCUACGUUACAGCUUUCGCGCUAUCUAAUUUAUCGACAAGUCGGGUGAAAGAGCGGGCAAUUCGGAAACCAUUUAACCCGCUUCUCGGAGAAACAUUUGAACUGGUUCGCGAAGAUCGAGGGUUCAGGAUGAUCGCCGAGAAAGUCUCGCAUCGCCCAGUCCAGCUUGCUUACCAAGCCGACAGCAGGGACUGGAGCUUGAACCAAUCGCCCAUGCCAACGCAGAAAUUCUGGGGCAAAUCCGCUGAGAUCAAUACGGACGGCAAGACUCGACUUAGUCUACAUGCGAGCGGAGAGCAAUUCAGCUGGGGCAGUGCAACAUCAUUCCUGCGAAAUAUCAUCGCUGGGGAGAAGUACGUUGAGCCUGUGGGAGAAAUGAUCGUAGUCAACGAGACCACAGGUCAAAAGACUGUUGCGACUUUCAAAGCCGGCGGCAUGUUCUCGGGCCGCAGCGAAGAGAUCACCGUCAAAGCCUUCGACAUUCACGGCCAUGAGCUGCCCUUGGGCUUAUCCGGCACAUGGACCAGCUCGUUACAACUGACAGAGCAUGGCUCCGUCACCAACAAAACCAUAUGGACAGUCGGCCCCCUCGUUGACGAGGCGUCCAAACGCUACGGCUUCCCCGUUUUCGCGGCCACCCUGAACGAAACCACUGCCAUCGAAGAAUCCAAAAUCCCACCCACCGACUCGCGGCUUCGACCGGACCAACGGGCCCUCGAAGCUGGCAAUUUAGAUUCAGCAGAAAGUUUGAAAGCGAGACUAGAAGAAAAGCAGCGUGAACGACGGCGCGAGCUGGAGGAAAGUGGCGGCGUGUAUCACCCGCGCUGGUUCACUAAUGUUCCGGAAUCUGCGAGCGGUGAAGUGGUGUGGAAGCUGAAGUCGGGCAAAGAUGGAUAUUGGGAUGAGCGAGCGAAGGGGGAGUGGGCUGGAGUGACGCCUAUUUUCAAGCUAUAAUCAUCUUCUUUCUCUGUAUACCCAUUCUCAGAUUGAUUAUAUAGGCCGUAUAUAUAUAAGCCUUUACUUCUUCAAUAUUCUAUCAAUAUACUACUGGAGCUCAUCCUAUGGCUACACUCAACAGAGCCAGCGAUCCCACUCGCUAGAGCGUAUUAUCCACGGUAAUAUCAUGAACAGUCAAUCGGAGACUUUGGACUAGAAGAACGAACUACAAUCGCCACGGCUCGAGACCCAGAGACUCAAGGGCUCUAUAUAAUCUAUUUUCUUUUAAAAAAAAUAAUUAAGUCAAUAUAUUU